GACUCUAGGCGGCAGCUCCUGUUCUCCACGCUGUCCCUGGUCAUCGCCAGAGCCAUGAAGAUGCACUUCUGCAUCCCGGUGUCCCAGCAGCGGCCAGACGCGCUGGGGGGCCGCUACGUGUUGUAUUCCGUGUACCUGGACGGGUUCCUCUUCUGCAAAGUACGCUACAGCCAGCUGCACCGCUGGGAUGAACAGCUGCGACGGGUGUUUGGAAACUGCCUGCCCCCUUUCCCACCGAAGUACUAUCUGGCAAUGACUACCGCUAUGGCCGAAGAGAGGAGGGACCAGUUGGAACGCUACCUGCAAAAUGUAACUGCGGAUCCCCGUGUGACAAGGAGUGACGUUUUCACUGAGUUUUUAACACUGGUGCAGCUGCACACAUUGAAUAUCAGCACCCAGAAUGUCGAGCUGGCUGUAUUCCUGCCUGAUGGAAGGAGCGUUAAGGUGGAAGGUCUGACAUCAGAUACGGCUGAAAGGGUCCUCGAGGUGAUGGCGCACAAACUCGGACUGCAUCCAGAGCUGGUGGGCUACUUCGGCCUUUUUCUUAUCCGGUAUUUCCCGGAGGGCAAGCUCUCUGUGGUGAAGAAGCUGGCCGAUUUUGAGCUGCCAUACACUAGUCUCCAGAAUUCUGAAAUGGAAAACUGUAAGAUCGGACUCAGAAAGUGGUACCUGGACCCAGCUCUGGACUCCAUGUUGAUGGACUGCAGAGCAGCCGGAGACUUGCUGUACAUGCAGGCAGUGCAGGACAUUGAAAUAGAAUGGAUGAAACCCACACAGGCUCAGAGGGAGGAAUUAAAGGCACUGCAGAAUAAAGAGAAUCAAACGAAGUUUUUGGAGCUGUCGCAGGAGGUCCGGCACUAUGGGUAUGUUCAGCUGGAUCCCUGUACCUGCAACCACCCGGAACCUGGCUGUGGGGCCCAGCUUUCCAUUGGCAAUAAUGAGAUCAGCUGCUGUCUAACUCUGCCUAAUGGCCAGACCCAGGAUAUUGCUUUCCAGAUGAGCAGAGUGAAGUGCUGGCAGGUCACUUUCCUUGGAACUCUGCUGGAUGCCCACGGGCCCCAGCGAACUCUCAACCAGAACCUAGAGCUGAGAUUUCAGUAUAGUGAAGAUAGUUGCCAGCAGUGGUUUGUUAUUUACACCAAACAGGCUUUUUUCCUGAGCAGCUGCCUGAAGAAGAUGAUCUCAGAGAAGAUGGCAAAGCUCACUGAGGAGAGCCCAGAAAUGCAGAUUGAGGUUCCAGAACAAGGCAGAAGUACAAAGCACCCGGGCCACCUCAGCCAGCCGAAAGACUAUUUUAAUUUCCUGAGAAAAGGCAAGAUGAAGAAGUCUGAAGGUGACUAUGUCUGGGGCACGGUAAUGGAAGAAGGUCUCUGAAGGACUCUCAUCUUUAUGGCUGCCUUAAGACAGUGCCAGCGUGUGUGGGUGGGGGAUGGGCUAACCACCAUCCAGGCAUUUAUCCACUUCUCUCUUUCUUUGACAUUGAGGUCUCCUGUGUUGAUCAGUCUAACUUCAGCACCCCGUAACUCUCAGGGUUAAAAGGUGUAGGAGCCAAAGCUACAGAGUUGGCUUGUGUGGCAGGUGGGCAGGUUCAAACCAACCAAAGGGAGGUUUGUUCUGUUUUCCCUCUAAGAUAGAUGUAUCUGGCUCUGUGAAGCCCUUUGUUCUGGCAUUGCAGGGAUUAAAAAGUUGUUCUAAAUUAUAAGAGCACAUUUGACACCAAAGUAGAUUCGCCAGCUCAGGAAAAUAUGGCUUCUUUCACCUAUCCAGAGAGCAAAAAGAGGUUAUAAAAUUUUGAUCCACAUCCUCACUUACUCCUACUAACAUGUUGACCACAAAGUACUGGGCUGCCCUGGCCUAAGUCCCUCCACUGUAUGGUUCUGCCCCACCAUUAGAAGACUGGACUCUGAGCCUGGAGAAAUGGCUCAGUGGUUAAGAGCAAUUGCUACUUUUGCAGAAGACUAAAUCCCUUAACCCACAUGAUUACUUACAACCCGCUGUAACUCUAGCUCCAGAGGAUCGAGUGCGUUCUUCUGGCUACUCUGGCACCCACACAUGUGGCACCCACACAUACACAUAAUAAAAAUAAAUAAAAUUGAAUUCUGCCCAAUAAUCAUCACGCCUUCUUUAAUAUUUUUCUUUUGGAAAUCAAUAGUUCUGCACUGAUAACAAAUAUAAAUCUCUUAGCUUUGCAAUUUUUUUCCUACAAUAGUUUUCCUUAAACAGCUUCAGGUGUACCAUAGUAAUUAAUGUGAUUAUGUAUGGAAUUAAUAGCAAAAUAGAGAGGGGAAGAUAAGUAUGCAAAAAGAAUGUUCUUUUCUGAGUUAGCUAAUCAGGAAAUAAAUAUAAAAUCUGAUGAAUACAGAGUUUGCUAAUGAAAAUUUGUGCCUUUUUUGAAAUGUGGAAUCUACGAGUCCUCUAAUAUCUAGAAAUCAAUGCCUAUGAGUUUGUGUUUUAGGCUGUAGUAGGAUCUCUGUAGAGAUAUUCUGUGUCACCCCCAGGGUAGAUCAGUGUGUUGAGAUCACUAUCAGAGUCAAAUGGAAGCUUAUCAACUGUCACACCAACUUAAAGACUAGUCAGGAUCCAUCUAGCCCAUAAGGGGCUGUCUCAGACAGCAGGAAGACUGAAUUUGUCUUGGAAUUAGAAGAUUGAACAGUAUGUGAUUGAAGCUUUUGUAAAUUAAAAAAAAUCUGAUGUCCA